AUGGAUGCACCAACUCAAGCUAUUCUAUCUGCCUUCUCUAUUGUUCUUGGAGUUGAAAAUGGUGAUCGACAGACAGCUGAGGAGAGUUUAACUGCACUCGAAGUUCUUGAAGUCUAUCCUGUUAAAUUGAUGAAUAUAUUUUUCGAUGAACAGUUGUGUAUUGAAUUACGUCAGUUAGCAGGGAUUACAUUGAAGAAUUAUAUCGCUUCACAUUGGAGUGAAUCUUCUUGUCUAUCAUUUAAAUCACCACAAACAAGUGAUGAAGUCAAGCCAUUCAUUCGAUCAACAAUAUUACAGUUAUUAUCUACACCACAUCGACUACUUCGUACAACAGCUGCUCAUAUAAUAACUCUGAUCGCUCAACAUGAUUGGCCAGAGAUGUGGCCAAAUUUAUUCAACCAAAUGAUUGAAUUAAUUCAACAAUCAUCUCUUAAUACGGAUAGUGAGGUGAAUAAGAAUACAGCACAUGGAGUUUUACGUGUAUUAAGUGAAAUCAGUUCUGAUCUAUCUGAUCUUGAUCUGCCUAUAAUAGGUCCCUACAUAAUGCCUGAACUGUUACGAAUCUAUUCAGGAAAAGAGUGUUAUAAUCAGUCUACACGUCGACGAGCUAUCAUCACAAUGGAUAAUCUAUUGAAUAUUGCUGUAAUGUGUCAUAAUGAGGAUAUAUUAAAUACAUUUGUUGAUCGUUAUAUACGACCAUCAUUGGGAACAAUAGUCAACGAUUUGACUAGUGAACAGCUGGAAUAUCACUUAAAACUGAACUUGUUCAGCUCCUAA